AUGUCAACCUCCACAGCCACACACAUCCACGCAACUUGGAACCGGGGAGCCGAGACUGCCGGGGCCGACUCUUCGCAAUCAACCUUGGCAAUGGAACAGGUAGCUUCUUUGAACCCAGAUGACUCAUUGGCUCCGGCACCGAAGCGUCGGAAGCUCCGCAAGGGCACUUCGAGCUGUUGGGAGUGCAAACGCCGCAAGGCUCGAUGCUCCUUUUCCACAGCUGACGGAGCAAUAGAUGGCGUUUGCCAUGGCUGUAAGCUGCGUGGCACACCCUGCAUUCCACAGGACCUCCCAGAUCAGCCAGCGCCCGGUGGGAGCAAUCGCCAUCUUGUGGACAGGCUGGCCCAAGUCGAAGCCCUGGUUGGUCGUCUUGUCCAGGCCGCUGACCAGAACCAACAAGGAGAUUCAUCAUCAUCGCCACCCAAGAGGCUACAACAACCCUCUCUACCUGCGGUUAUUGGCGACGAAAUACCACCGUUCUUGGCUGAUUAUCCCUUUCUGUUUCCCCCUGACUAUUCUGGGAUAGAAACCUCCUUAUUUACUGCUAGGGAAGAGCAAAGCCAUGUUCAUACAACAAGGCCAAGCAUUACUCAAACAACUAUAGCAGUAUCAGCUAAAGAAGAUGCCCCUUCGACGGAAAAUUCUGUGACUUCACCAGGUAAAUAUGAUUCCGUGUGCCGGGAGCUUCUCUCUGUAUGGCCAGCGGCACGAGACAUGGAAAUCAUUCUCGGCGCCCCUGUUCACACUUCUGCUAUGAUGCGCGGCGCAAACCUCACCCGGCCUGUCAAUGUCAACCUCCCAGAGAUGGAACUGCCAUCACCUGAGACGUUGCUUGAGUUACCGUCGCCUUCAUCUCAUCCGGUGUUGAUCGCUCGGAAACUCCUCCUCCUAGCUACAUUCCUCCAAGGCAUACCGCCGGCAUCCUGGGAGCAUCUCGGAAAUCUCAGGGUAAGCCGCCAGGAACUCAUGAUCGGUGCCGUUUCCAAGGCCCACCACCUCGUAACCUCCAAUGACGAGCUGGUCGCAUCGAUCGAGGGCAUCGAAUGCCUUAUGCUUGAGGGCCUCUACGAAUCCUACUCUGGCAGCCUCCGACCAUCAUGGCUUGCGACACGCCGUGCCGUGACCAUUGCCCAGAUGCUGGGCCUCCACCGAGGUGCCAGACCAACGUCCUUGAGGAGUGCGACCUUCAAACCUGAUCACGUCUGGUUCCGGCUGGUCCAGCUUGACCGCUAUCUCUCCAUCAUGCUCGGGUUACCGCCCAUAUCUGUUGACGACAGUUUCGCCAAGCCAGAUAUCCUGGACACUUGCACACCCGAGGAGCGAAUGCAGCGUCUAAACUGCGCGGCUGCAGGACACAUCCUGCGUCGCACGCCCACAGAUGCGUUAGACCCGGCCAAGACGAAGGAGAUUGAUAAACUACUCCAGGACUCGUCGGCAUCUUUGCCGCCUCAAUGGUGGCUAACCCCUACUUUAUCCUCGAGUCACGGCCAGAUGGACACGAUCCGCGAUACCCUGCGCUUCAACGGCCACUUCAUGCACUAUCAUAUGCUCCUUCACUUGCAUCUCCCGUACCUCCUACCCCUGGAGAGCUCACGCGACUACGAGUAUAGCCGCAUGGCUGCCAUCUCUGCCAGCCGCGAGAUCCUGUCCAGGAUCGCCAGCUUUCGCACUUUUCGACCAACUGGGUAUUACUGUCGCGGUGUAGAUCUUCUCGCCUUCCUUGCCUGCACGGCACUUGGGCUUGCUCACAUUUGUGAUCAUGGCCGGAGGAGUACAGGCGAUGGGGAGUUCCCUUUCCUCGUUCACCAGCGGUUGAGCGAUCGCGGUCUGCUACAACACACACUGCAAUACAUGUCAGAUAUGGCACGUAUAAACGACGAUGCCAUUGGAUUAAUGGUGGCCACCUUACUCGAGCAUCUCCUAGCCAUCGAGGAGGAUGCAGCAGCCGGAUCGAGUUACAUUGUGACUUCGUGCAUGGACUCUGAUAUAGACAGAGAGGAAGGGACCGGCGGUAGUCAUUUCAAACUAAGUCCAGAUGGUUCCGUACUGACCAUUCAUCUUCCCCAUAUAUGGGUCGUGAAGAUCGAGCGCGGUCCUGGUCAAAGCGGACGACUCCCGACCAAAACAAGCCGUACUUCCAACUCGGCAUCCCAGCCUGCGGAAUCUACGACUCAACCUCGACCAACCUCAAACCAAGCUCGGGAAGUGCAUCAAUCUAAACUGCCUGACAGUACCUUCUUGCAAAACCCUUGUUUGGCGCAACUCAUGCCCUUUGUCACGCGCGAUCAUCUUGCUAAGGCAUCUCAAGGAACUGAAGAUGGAAGCUUGGGCUUUUUAUUACCGAUCCAGGAGCUAAAUGAGAACGAAGGUGUGGUUGAGGAUAUUGAUGUAUCGUUCUUUAAUAGCUUCAUUCAGGAGAUGCCAGUUUAG